UUAUUUCAGACCAGAUGGAGGUGAAAGAGCAAAGACAAGAACUGAAGUGAAAGGUGAUGAUGCUGUAGUUUGUUUCAGCCUGUUGACACCAAUACAAUGAGCUUAAUGUGCCAAUUUACAGAAGAUCUCAGACAUCACCAUAAUGAAUGAGCUGAGAACAGGGAACUUUUGGAGACAAAGAGGUUUUUCAGCUGCUCAGUUUAACAUGAUGGCCCUGUACUUUUUAAAUGCAGAUUGGAUAAAAACACAGUGAUCACAGUUCCCACCUGCAGUGAAGCCCCUCCCACAACAAUUCACCAAUAAAUACUGGGAAUAUUCUCAUCAUCCUACAAGAGAAGGACAAACUCCAGGAGUAGCAGCUGAAAUCUGUGUGACUGUUAAAGAUGGAGUUUAUUAAAGAGGAGAUUGAAGACAUGAGUGAUCCAGAACCAUCCAGAAUAAAACAUGAAGAUACUGAGGAACAAACAGACCAGGUGAGAGUGAAAGAGCAAAGACAAGAACUGAAUGAAGUGGAAAAGGAACAUCGUAACUUUAAAACUCAAAGAACAAAAGCCAAAAAGCUGCACACCUGCACUCAGUGUGGAAAGAGUUUCACACAGAAAGAACACAUUAACAGACACAUGAGAAUUCACACUGGAGAGAAACCGUAUCCAUGCACUCAGUGUGGAAAGAGUUUCACACAGAAAGGACACCUUAACAAACACAUGAGAAUUCACACUGGAGAGAAACCGUAUACAUGCACUCAGUGUGAGAAGAGUUUCACACAAAAAGGAGACCUUAACACACACAUGAGAAUUCACACUGGAGAAAAACCAUAUACAUGCACUCAGUGUGGAAAGAGUUUUUCUCAUUCAUCAAAUCUCAGUGUUCAUCUGCGCAUUCACUCUGGAGAAAAGGCAUUUAACUGAUCAGUGUGGUAAAGGUUUUAUUUCAUCUUCACAU